GAAUAGGGAUUUUGGAUAUGGAAUCAGCAGGGAAACAAGGAGGUUCAGAUACUUCAAGCGAAGAAAAUGAUCGGCUUGAACAAGUCAAGGAAGACACAGCGGCUACAAAACGCUCUUAUGAAUGCACUUUUUGCAAGCGGGGCUUCACCAACGCUCAGGCUUUAGGAGGGCACAUGAACAUACAUCGGAAAGAUCGAGCCAAAGCCAAGCAAGUUCCUAGUUCUUCGUUUUCAACUAAGUCCAUGGCUAUUAAUGAUGACUACAUGAACCCUAGAUAUUUUCCGCCGAUUUCAGCCGUUCAAGAGGCUCAAAGGAAUCCUCUCAUGUAUUAUCCACCAUCGGUAUCUAGCCCUAGAAUUUCACAUGCUCAACAAUAUGAUAGGGAGUUUCUUCUCCCAAGGUCGCAGUCUUUGAGCACAAAUGGAGAGCUUUUGGGUGCAAAUUUGAGUUUGGGAAUCGGCCGUACGUGUAUAGAAGAUAAUGAAGUAAAGACGGGAAUUAUGAAAGAAGAUGAACUGGAUUUGGAGCUUCGACUUGGUCAUAAUCCGUAA